CGCCUGCCGCGGUCGUGACGCGGCAUUGACUCGGACGCGGCACCAACGAACCUUGACGCGGCCACUGCUGACGCGGAUCAAACCUUUGAUACUCUACUAGUACUGCCUAGGCCUUCACAUUCUCUAUGGAAGUCAAGCUGUCAUGUUCUGAAUUUCAUUCCAUCGAGGUAAUCUCUGACGGCAUCAAGGUACUAGUAGGCAUAUAAAGGUUCUUUGCAUGCAUUGCAGUACAGACGACCCUCACGAAUCACUCGAUACCACUUUCCCAUUGCGAAAUAUUUAUGCUCCUUCAUCUUGAUCACAAGGUGACUAGUACCUGCAAUUGACCUCCCUAGAAACUUUCGUUCAGCUUGUCCAAAGACAUUGGUGACCGUAAUCAUGGGCAUAACUUUGGACGAAGCUUCACUCCUAGCUUUGUUCCUAGAGACUUUGUUUUACGGCGUAUUCCUCACGUUAUACUGGUUAACGCUGUUCAUUCUGCUCAAGAAAUGUGGUGUUCAACGGGACCUCCUUCUCCCAGUAGCAACCUUGCUGCUCUGCAUUGCAACGGCCCAUCUAAUUAUCGAUUUUAUUCGAGCACUCGAGGCGUUCGUAUUCAGUGUGCAUACAAUCAGUGCAGAUGCCUACUACUCCAACCUCGCUUCACCGUUGGAACUCACAAAAACCGCACUUUACAUCACGCAGCCCACUAUCGCUGAUGCUGUCCUCGUUUGGCGAUGCUAUGUGCUCAGCCAUAGAAGCCUCUUAGUUGGCAUUCCUGGCUUUAUCGUGCUUUUAACCAAUGGGGCGAUCGGCUACUAUGUUGUCUGGUCCCUUUCUCGAGCCGGCGCAGGGUCGACUGUUUACACUACCGCUCCUGCGUUAAUCACAACUUUCUAUAUAUUGACCAUGCUGAUCAGUAUUAUCUGCACCACUUUGAUUUCCUGGCGCAUCUAUCGCACUCGCCGUCAGACGUCAGACAGCCUUGCUGAUCUUUUACCCGUUGUUAUCGUCAUCAUUGAAAGCGGCGCUUUAUAUGCAACCAGUGUCCUUGCGCUCCUUCUAGCAUUCUUGACCGGAUCAAAUGGACAAUACCCCGCGAUGGAUAUCGCCCCACCUAUUGUGGGGAUCGUAUUCUGUCUCAUCAUCCUGCAAGUACACUUCCACGUAGGUGACCCCCAACCCAGCAGCCCGCUGAGUCAAAGGGCUUCACCAAUCUAUUUCGAGAGCGAAGUGAGCGGAAUGUGGGUCACAGCACGGAACCGAUGACUGCGCACAUCACGGAGAAGACGCGGAUCAUUCAAUUUGACGCGACGCGCAGCCAACCGUUUCCAGGGGGAUGACUGAUGUAUGGGUCCAAUUUUUGCUUCCCCGCAAGGGUAUUGGAAACCCUACGGUUGACCUGGCACGAAUGAUGGUUUCGUCAUAGCUGGGUUUUAUGGAUCUUCAAAUGUGCAGAACGGAUACCAUUUUCUGUUGAACAGAAUUUAUAUCAAGCUUGCACAAAGGUGGCAAGGCACCAUGUAGGAAUGAAUACCGCUCAGACAUAUCUAUUCAUACA